CCGAACCGGGAGACCCGGUCGGCGGAGUCGGAGCAGGCGCCACCCCUCAGGCUGACGCGCGUCGUCUUUCGGCGGCGUGGCGCAGCGCUUCUCCCGGUGGCGCGGCGGCUUCGGAGGAUCGGCCGCCGGGCACAGGAGGACCUGUGCCCUGGAAUGAGGGAACCUUGUCCUGCAGGACUAUGCGAAGCUACGAAAUAAACAUGAUACAUUUUACUGAGAGAAACAGCGGCACAACUUUUAUAUGAAAACAACCGUGGUUAUAUUAUGGAGUAGAAGCCAAAAUUUUCCUAGAAGACAAAAAAAUGGAGGAAUUGGUAAACCAAAUGCAGCCGCUGAAUGAGAAGCAGAUAGCCAAUUCUGAAGACGGAUAUGUGUGGCAAGUCACUGAUAUGAAUCGGCUGCAGCGGUUCUUGUGUUUUGGUUCUGAAGGUGGGACUUACUCUAUCAAAGAACAGAAGUUGGGCCUUGAGAAUGCUGAAGCUUUAAUUAGAUUGAUUGAAGAUGGCAGAGGAUGUGAAGUGAUACAGGAAAUAAAGUCAUUUAGUCAAGAAGGCAGAACUGCAAAGCAGGAGCCUAUGCUCUUUGCCCUCGCCAUUUGUUCCCAGUGUUCUGACAUAAGCACAAAACAAGCCGCUUUCAAAGCUGUUUCUGAAGUUUGUCGCAUUCCUACACAUCUCUUUACUUUUAUACAAUUUAAGAAAGAUCUAAAGGAAAGCAUGAAAUGUGGCAUGUGGGGUCGCGCCCUCCGGAAGGCUGUAGCAGACUGGUACAAUGAAAAAGGUGGCAUGGCCCUUGCCCUGGCCGUCACAAAAUAUAAACAAAGAAAUGGCUGGUCUCACAAAGAUCUGUUAAGAUUGUCGCAUCUUAAACCUUCCAGUGAAGGACUUGCUAUUGUUACCAAAUAUAUUACAAAGGGCUGGAAAGAGGUCCAUGAAAUGUAUAAAGAAAAAGCACUUUCUGUGGAGACUGAGAAAUUAUUAAAGUAUCUGGAGGCUGUAGAGAAAGUGAAGCGCACAAAAGAUGAACUGGAAGUCAUUCAUCUGAUAGAAGAGCACAGACUGGUUAGGGAGCAUCUCCUAACAAAUCACUUGAAGUCUAAAGAGGUAUGGAAGGCUUUGUUACAAGAAAUGCCUCUUACAGCAUUACUAAGGAAUCUUGGAAAGAUGACUGCUAAUUCAGUGCUUGAACCAGGAAACUCAGAAGUGUCUUUAGUAUGUGAAAAGCUGUGUAAUGAAAAACUGUUAAAAAAGGCUCGUAUACAUCCAUUUCAUGUUUUAAUUGCAUUAGAAACUUACAAAACAGGUCAUGGGCUCAGAGGAAAACUGAAGUGGCGCCCUGAUGAAGAAAUUUUGCAAGCUUUGGAUGCCGCUUUUUACAAAACAUUUAAGACAGUUGAGCCAGCUGGAAAGCGUUUCUUACUGGCAAUUGAUGUCAGUGCUUCUAUGAACCAAAGAGUUUUGGGUAGUGUACUCAACGCUAGCACAGUAGCCGCAGCAAUGUGCAUGGUUGUCACACGAACAGAAAAAGAUUCUCAUAUAGUUGCUUUUUCAGAUGAAAUGGUACCAUGUCCAGUGACUACAGAUAUGACCUUACAACAGGUUUUAAUGGCUAUGAGCCAGAUCCCAGCAGGUGGAACUGAUUGCUCUCUUCCAAUGAUCUGGGCUCAAAACACAAAUACAGCUGCCGAUGUCUUCAUAGUAUUCACUGAUAACGAGACCUUUGCUGGACAUGUCCAUCCUGCCGUUGCUCUGAGGGAAUAUCGAAAGAAUAUGGAUAUUCCAGCCAAGUUGAUUGUCUGUGGAAUGACAUCAAAUGGUUUUACCAUUGCAGACCCAGAUGAUAGAGGCAUGUUGGAUAUGUGUGGCUUUGAUACUGGAGCUCUGGACGUGAUUCGAAGUUUCACAUUAGAUAUGAUUUAAUCAUACGCACCAGCACAGUCUAAGAGGUCCAUUGCCAUCAGUGAUCUCGCUAAUACACCGCUACUUCCCAGCUAAUCUUAAUCCAAUGAAAGACAGUAGGAUGAUGGUAUAGUAUGUGCAUAAUGGAAAGUUUACCUUACCAAAAAAAAGGAAGGAACAAUAAGAUGAGCCCAAAGUUCUUUCUGUCUACUAAACUAGCUCUUGGGAAAUAGCUUCAGAAUACACUGUAGCCCCCUCUAUCUAAUAGAGAACUUCUUGUUGAGAGGCUGUAAGAUAGUCAAACAGUUUUGCUUUGGCGAAUAAUCACAUUUGUACUUAAAAGAAGAGAGAGCCAGAAGUGUAAGUAGUUCCAUAUCAUGUCACUUAUUUGAGAAAUGCCUAAAGUUUUCUUAAAUGUUUUCAUUGGUAAAGGACAACUUUGAUAAUGUCCAAAUAUUCUGAAAUGCACUGGACCAUGUAACUGUGAUGGAAUAUGAAACUCAUUUGUAAACUUUUAUACCAAGGGGGUUAAAAAAACAAACAAAAAAAACAAAAGACAAAAAAAAAAAAGACAUUUGAUUAUGAAUGAGUUUUACAAAUUCCUUUAACAGUUUUCUACAGUCACAUAAAUAGCAGCUUUCUCAGUCAGUGAAAAAGAUAUUUUGUUUCUGUGGUUUAAUUUACACUUGUAGAAUUGUUACCAUUAACCAGAAACAUAAGGGAAACCCCUGAGAUCUGAAGUUUGUGUCAGCUAAGGAAGUCUAUUUUGGUUUGCUUUUGUUUGUUUAUUGCUGUGAGUGAGGGGGCAUGACUUGACAGUUUCCUCUGGCUUAUAACAACAUAGCCACAUGUAGGCACACUUUUUUUUUCAUUCUCUUAAAUGAAAACAGAUGUUUCAAGCAUUUAACUCCCCCCAUUCAUAAUCUGAAAGUAUGACAAUUAAAAUCUCAAACAUAGCCAGAUUAGCUUUUUCCUUACUUUAAAAAUAUUGUUUUAAUUACUUUUAUCUAUUUUUUUAGCCAAUUGUAAAUGGGUUUUAGAUAUUUCUAAUGGUAAACAUGUUAGUGGCCUCCUCUCUCUUUGUCCAUUAUUCAUCUGUGGCUUUGUCCAUUAUUCAUUUGUGACAAAACAUUCUUUUUUGAUAGUAUAAAAAAAUAAUAAAGCAAGGUAGGUCUUUCAGGUUUGAAAGGCAAUUUUUGUGUGGCAUAUUAUCACUAACCAGUCUGUAAGAAAUUAAUUUUUUCUAUUUUAUUUGUGUAUAUUAAACUUCCUAUUCAUUAUAAAGUGCACUAUUUUCUUGAGCAAGUAUCCCUUCUUUGUGGGGAGGUUUAACCUGUUGAACUGCCGGUAUAUUUGCUCAUAAUUAUAUCAUGGCUGUCUAAGAUAAUGUGCACAUAAAACUUCAGUUUUUAUGUAUUGUUCUUUAAAUGUAUUUAAAGAUUUACUGGGGAUUUAUAAAGCCCUUCUCAAUAUUAUAUGAAAAGUCAAACUAGUAAAUGUAAAUUAUACUUUCACGUGCUUGGGGGUUAGAGGUUUUAUGUUUUGGGGGGCAGAGGGACUUACGUAAUGUUAGAAUUUGUAUAUUUUCUUAUGUUUCAUGAGAAAUUUGGGCUCUGGGAGUAAUAAGACAAUGUUCCUUUCAAACUUAUUUGAUAAAUUAAUGCUGGCCUUGUCUGAUAUGUAGCUUUGCCUUCAAGGCCACUGGUAGCAAUUUGUAAAUAUUAUGAUUUACCUGAUUUUUUUGUCAGCAAAGCUAGUAGCACCAUUACCCCCCCCCAAAAAAAAAAAAUACAUGGCUUGUGAUAUCUGUUUUUUAUCCUCUGUCAGGCAUUGGAUUUGACAUGUUAGCUACUUUUGAUACAUUAAAAUAUUAUGUUCAGAUUGAGUUUAAAGAACCUAACAGAAUUUUGUAAUAGUACUUGAAUUCUUUAAGUAAACCCAAAAUUUUUUUUUUUUUUUUUUCCUUUUUUUUGCGGUACGCGGGCCUCUCACUGUUGUGGCCUCUCCCGUUGCGGAGCACAGGCUCCAGACGCGCAGGCUCAGCAGCCGUGGCUCACGGGCCCAGCCUCUCCGCAGCAUGUGGGAUCCUCCCGGACCGGGGCACGAACCCGCGUCCCCUGCAUCGGCAGGUGGACUCUCAACCAUUGCGCCACCAGGGAAGCCCCAAAAUCUUCUUAAAUUAAAAAUUAUAAUAUGAUCUAACUUUUUAUUCCUAAUAGAAAUGUUAAGUGGAAUAUAGUAUAAACGUUUAUUUCCUUCAGUUAAACACUGUUUCUAUAUUGUUUUUAGACAGAUAUGUUCAGGAACUAAUAUUAAAUCCAUCAGAAGUAAGAUUAGAUGUGACUUUUUUGAAGUCACAUAAAUAAGUCUAUUAAAUGGUAAGAUUUUAGAAAGAAAAAACUAAAAGCCACCACUGAAGGUAGCUUUAUUUUCAAAUCAUGGAGCUUUAGAAGCUGGAAGAAACCUUAGAAAUUUAAAAGGUAAUUGUUUGAGUUAGUUUAGGGAUCCAUGGUCUGAGAGAGUGUGACUUUGGAGCCCUAGAUCUAGAUCUAGAAACCUUGGUCUCUUCAUUCCCAUUCCAGUGUUCAUUUCCCGACAAAAUGGGAAGACAUUGACUUACAAGAGUAGGUGAUAAAAUAGAAUUAUUCAAGACUUUUAUCUUUUUAGGUAUUAGGAAAUAAUGUAUAUACAUGAUUGCUUUAGGAGUAGAAAAACAGAACUUGUGAACAUGUAUACUUCUGUAGUUCAUAGUAACCCUCAAGCACAAUUAAUGUCUUAAUAACCUGUAUUGCUAUAUAACAUAGUCAUAUAGAAAGAAUAAAAAAACUUUACCUCAUUAUGAAUAAAAUGUACUCAAGUGAUAAAGAAGUUUUAUUUUCUGAAUUACUUCUAGCAUUAUUGCUGAUUAGGAAAAUGUUGCUUCUAAAAAACAAUCCUAAGAAAAGUAAACUUUAUUUCCUAGAAAAUAUGUAAAUAUUUUCAGGAUAUAGUUGUAAUUAGUAAAACAAAAACUAAUCUUAUGAUCCUACCCUAUCCCUGUUAGUUGAAAUUUCUUGGAAAUUCCACUUAUUAACACUUAUGUAUUAUUUAGUUUAGUCAUCAUUUUAGGAAAUAUUGGUGAGGAAGACACUAGUGAAUGGGAUUUAGCGUUAUACCCUUCUGGAACCUCUUUUGCUUUAUCUAACUUACUGUGUGACUGUAGACAACCAGUUUAACCUAUGUGAUUCAAUUUUGCUAUCUUUAAAAAGUAACAUAUCUGAUGCUUGGCUCAUAGAAAAAUCAAUGAUUUUAUAUCUGUAUAAAACUUGAAAUUGGGAAGAAGGCUUGCAAAGAAAUUAGAACUUUUUAAAAAAAUUAAAAACACUUUUAAUAGGAUAUAUGUUUUGUAAGAUAAAAUGUUUUAGAAAAACAGCUCAGUAGGCUCAAUAAUUUUUUUAAACACUCCUGUUCUGAAUGGGAAAAUGUGGAAGAAAAAUUUUAACAGUAAAGGUAAUGACUAAAGAAAUCACUAUUCUCUGAAAAGAGAAAGGAAUAUAUUCCGUUAGCUAGAUCAAGAAAAACUAACUCAUACUCUAAAUGAGAAGAUGAUCUUACAAAAAUUUGCUUAAUGUUUUAAAAUAACAGGUAAAUCUACAAACGAUAGAAUAUCAGUUAAUCAGGAUUUUUUUAUGCAAAACAAUUUAAAAUUAUUUUGGAAAUUUAAGAUAGAAUUUCUGAAUAAAUUUGAGGAUCUGACAAUUAAGAAACAUCUGUGGAAGCACAGUAAAGCUACAUCUAAACAAUAAUUAAAGGGAAAUGGUUGUGAUCACUUAUUGGACUUACUUCAAUUUGACCUAAAGAUGAUAUACCCACAGAUCUCUCCAUAAGUCCCUUACAGUUAGUAAUCACAAAUGAAAAAUUCUAGUCUUGUAUACCACAGACUUGGGUGAUUCGUUAAGGCUAUAUCCCCUCUAGAGAAAUGUCAGAUAGCAUCAAUGUAAACAUGCACAAGGGAGAAUUAGAAAAAAGAUAAGUUAAACUAUUUCAUUAGUUGUAUUUACUGUAUGCAUUCAAUUUAGUAUAUAUCCCAGUUACUUGCUGCCUAGUCCAUUAUUUGUUGGAAGAUUCCUUCUAUACCUUUUUUUUUUU